AUGUACGGCUACCUCGAGCUGGAGAUUCGGCAGUAUGAUGCGGGCGCCAUGCCUCCUGAGAUCGGCAGCAUCAUCGUUUUCUUUAAGAACAUCAAGGGUCUACAGCGGGAGAUUCUCGACAAUGAUGCGACACGUGCGGAACUCCAAGUCCUGAACCCCAAAGCCAAGGCGAAGACUUCUUUGAGCAGCCUCAAGCUUACGUUCAACACUACUCGGGCGGGGUACGAGGUGAUCAGCACGAACAUGGGAUGGCUUCGAAGGAUGAAUAGGAAGGCCGGGGAAGAUGUCGAACUGCUACGGAAGAUGAUUGAGGAUGCGAAUCCUGCUUCUCUGGUCCCGACAUCACCGCUGAAGUUGGAACUCCUUAUUGCCGUCCGUAACGACGAUGACCGAGAACGCCUGGAGGAGUUUUGCGAGCAACUCAAAAAAAGUAUCAAGUGUGACAGGAGCAAGAAGACAAGCAAGUGGUCUUUGGCACCUUGGUUUGACGGCGUUGAGGGUGAUCAUCCGCUCUCGAUGUCCGACGUUCCUCGUCUUGGCCCCGGCUUCCCGGAAACCGCUCCACAGCCGGCUCUCGCUCGGUUCGUUGACAUCGAACACUACUGGGUGACGCAAGCCGUUGGCGCGGUCAACGAAGCAGUCUCCGCAUCAGAUACUAGAGCCAAGGCGUCUCAUGUUCUGCUUGAGGCUCGAGUCUUCAACCACGCCAGAUUUUCGAUCAGCGUUGACCAGUUCUUCAUCCUAAUCAUCUGGGACAAGACGGCUGUCGAUAGCUGUACGGAGGAUAGCCUGAUGCCUGCCCGUGGCAAGUCUUGCGAAAUACGCAUUAACAUGCCGGGAAAAUCAUCAUGCCAAGGUUCAACCCAAAGGUCUUCUUGGAUGCCUGCGCGACGCUUCGACCACAGCAUGGCCCAUGUUCCUGAUGGAGCCUUCGUCUACCUGGUCGAUUUCCCAGACACGGCACGGAAAGGCGGAAAGAAGCAGAUCGAUAUUCCAUUCAUGACCAUCACGGGUAACACCCGAGCUUUCGAGGACCUGAUGGAUGAUCCAAGCCAGCAGAACCUCAAAGUCCAGGUGAGACCAAGGGGUUUCAACCAAACCAUCAGCUUGGAAGUAGAUGCUCUCCAACGUCUGUCAAGUCCGUCUAGUUUCGAAGCUAUCUACCCAUUGGCUGCGCGUGCCUUCGACUACCUUCUGAACUUCACCAUCCAUCCCGAUACUCCAACUGUCAAUCUUUUGGAGGAGCUUCCAGGACUUGCAAGCAUGGACUCUCUAAGGGGUCGUACUUGUUUACCAGGGGGUCACCUUGAGUGGCUCAAGGCAUCGAUGGGAAACCACCAAAGGCUUCUUGGUUCACUGAAAAGCCUUGCAGCCGGCAUGGGCUUCUUUUCGCACGAUCGCGAGACCGACAUUGAUAGUCUCAUUCUGUGCUUCAUAGCUGCUGCGACCUUUGGCACUAGCAAAGAAAAACCCGAAGAGAAAGCCGAGGAGCAAGCCGAAGAGCCCAAGGCGCGAAAGAAAACCAAAAGACGAGUCGUGAAGUCUCAAGAACCGACGCUUGAACAGGUCCCUUCACUCUUUGUAUCGAGUACAAAUCGGGAUGUCGACGAUUUUGCCCAAAAGGCGGACGAUUUCUUCAAAGAGCAUGACUUUGGUGACACGCCUGGAAUCCUUCGUAUUUCCAUCAAAGACGCGACAGUUGCCUCUUCCUCGGUGAAGGAAGGCAUGCCAAAUGUUUCAUUGGUUUCAGCAACCAGUCAAGCCGUACAGGAUGGUGACGUGGAAAAUAUGGACACCACCGACCAUUUCAUCGCGCAUCUGAAGCUGGGCAAGAUUGAAAUCGAGGGACGAGUAUUCGGCCGGUCGUUAUACGGUCGCCUUACAAUCCACGAGGCUUCUUAUCGAUACUAUUUGAUCAACACGUCGAAGUUCCCCAGAAUCAAGGAGUUGGCCCGGAAACUCAGAACGGAAACAGAGCUUGACAAAGCCGAAUCCUUGGAAUUCAGGGGCCUCAUCAAACAGGUCUACGCCGCUAUGAUGAGAAACUUCAAGGGAGUCGUAUGUACCGUCCUAAUCACGGCAGCACACCCCUGCGUUCGGAACUUCGAUCCUUCCAUCGUCUUUGUUGGAGACGCCGGACAGAUGAGAGAACUGAGCUCCCUGAUCCCGAUUGCAUACUACGUACCCGAUGCCUGGAUUUUCUUUGGCUGCCUUGAUGGCCGAACUCCGUAUUCUGCUCACGAGGCUCAGAACACAGGGAACCCCUUCCUUGACCAGCUGAAAGUCUCGCUUUUUGAGCGUGCCCAAGCCGAGAAAUUUCCAGAAGACUUCCUGUGCAUAUCUACUCCAGAACAAAAGUUUUUGGAACUCACCAAGACCGAAGGCGCCGUCAAAGAAGCAGACAUCGCAGCCGUCUUCGAUGAGCUGAAGCCAGUGUCCCCAGACCAGCUCAUCGGCUCGUGGGAGGGCGGAAGUUUCGACACGGGCCACCCGGCGCAUCAACAGCUUCGCUCAUUCAAAUGGGCCGGCAAGGACUUUCGCUCCGUGGAUGAUGUCGACCCGAUCAUGGUCUAUGGCGAAGAUGGCAAGCGGUCAUGGUUUUCCGAGUACGGCCACGCGCGUAUUCGCGAAGUCAAGUUCCGCGACGUCGUCACGGCCGCCAUGUGCUACGACAAGUUCCCCAUCAUCGACGCCUUCCGGCGCGUCGACGACGACACCGUCCUCGGCGCCAUGGACAACAAGGACCUGAAGGAGGCGGGGACGUACUACUUCUACCUGAAGCGGAGGCCGGGCAGCAAGGCGUAG